AUGAUCACCUUCCGACUCGGCCUCCGACAGGCCCGGCACAAGGCGACGGCGCCGUUACUACGCUUUCUGCGCCUGGUGAAAACGUCUACGGUUGACUGGAAACCGGUUAAGGCCAAUCCGGGCAACUUGUCGACCCUUGAACACCAAGCAAAGACCCCUAUCCUCAGACGGUUCCUCUUGGCGCUAAUGGUGGCGAUGCCGGUUAUAUCUUUCGGUUUAGGGUGUUGGCAAGUGAAACGGCUCCAGUGGAAAGCCGAUUUGAUCGCCAAAUGUGAGAAUAACUUGGCGGCGGCGCCGAUGGAGGAGAUCCCCGCCGUGAUUGACCCUGCCAUAAUUCCUGAGUUUGAUUACCGUCGUUUCAAGUGUAAGGGUCAUUUUGAUUACGACCAAGAGAUGUUUUUGGGUCCGAGAAUGAGGGAUGGGCAGGUAGGGUACCUUGUGGUGACCCCGUUUAUUCGCGAAAAGGGGAAGCCUAUCUUAGUGGAAAGAGGGUGGAUAUCGAAGGAUCGAGUGGUGCCACUGACCCGUAACCGGGGCUACUUGGCCCACUUGGCCAUGCCCCAGGGGGAGAUUGAAAUUGAGGCUCUUUUCCGACAAAUGCCCACGAGACUGAAAUUACAGUUUGAACACGAACCGGGCUCAAGAUUGUUUAAUGUCCACGAUAUUCCGGCGAUGGCCGAACAGCUGGGAUCGCUCCCGAUCUACUGUCAGAUGAUCCACGACAUGCACGACCACCCCGAGUAUAAACUGCCAGAGGAUGUUGCCUCUACAAACGCCAGAUCAACAAAUAAGUCUGGAGGUUCUGGAGUCUUAGGCCGGUUAUGGCUGAAGCUGAGUCCCACUACUACCUCAAACAAGGCUGAUUCUCAAUUCAUUAGUGCUCAUGGCGACGAUAACACCAUGGUGUACCAGGAAUUCGAGUAUGUGAAGUCUGGGGUUCCCAUCGCCCAACACCCAAAGCUUAAAUUCUCAAAUAAUCAUCUCCAGUACCUCAUCACCUGGUUUGGUCUCUCAGUCGCGCUGGCGGGUUUGCUCAUCUGGUCGUUUAUCAAGAAACAAAGGUACUCGCUGGCGGAUAAGAUGUUGGAACACAAGCGCAAACUGUUCUGA